AAAUAAUAAGAAGAAGCCUAAUUGAAGCCACCGACGAACAGCGGCUUUUCCGCGUUCGAGAACAAGUUCGUAGUGAAACAAACAAAAACUGGAGCUUCGCUCAAGUUCUUGGAAUUCUUUCUUCACUCAGAUCUAUUGAUUCAAACAUCGAUUUCAUUUUCUGCAUUUUCGAAUUCCAUUAACUUCUUGAAGUUAAGGAACUCACAGAUCUGAAACAAUGGCGCGGCGACUUUCACUGCCGGCGUUUUGUUUAUGCUUUCUGUCAUUCUCUCUGUUGAACGAUCUUACUCUCUGUAAAACCCUUAAACGUGAUGUGAAAGCAUUGAAUGAGAUCAAGGCUUCUCUUGGCUGGAGAGUGGUGUAUUCUUGGGUUGGUGAUGAUCCGUGUGGCGAUGGGGAUCUGCCUCCCUGGUCUGGGGUCACUUGUACUACUCAAGGAGAUUAUAGAGUGGUUACUAAAUUGGAAGUUUAUGCUGUUUCGAUCGUUGGCCCGUUUCCCACUGCUGUAACCAAUCUCUUGGAUCUUACUAGGCUGGACUUCCACAAUAACAAGUUGACUGGACCGGUUCCUCCUCAGAUUGGAAGGUUGAAGCGUCUUCAGAUACUUAACUUGAGGUGGAAUAAGCUGCAGGAUGUCAUACCUUCUGAAAUAGGUGAACUCAAGAGUUUAACUCAUUUAUAUUUGAGCUUCAAUAAUUUCAAGGGAGAAAUUCCAAGGGAGCUUGCUAGUCUUCCAGAGCUUCGCUACCUACACCUACAACAAAAUCGUUUCAUUGGACGAAUUCCUCCUGAAUUGGGCACCCUGCAACAUCUUCGCCACUUGGAUGUUGGUAACAAUCACUUGGUUGGCACCAUUAGGGAACUCAUACGCGUUGAUGGCUGCUUUCAAUCUCUUCGCAACUUGUAUCUUAAUGAUAAUUAUUUUACUGGGGGCGUUCCUGCGCAACUUGCAAAUUUGUCAAACUUGGAAAUCUUGUACCUAUCACACAACAAGAUGUCUGGAAUAAUUCCUGCUGAAUUAGCCCGCAUUCCAAGACUGACUUAUUUGUUCUUGGGCUACAACCAAUUUAGUGGGAGAAUCUCAGAUGCAUUUUACAAACAUCCACUAUUGAAAGAGAUGUUCAUCGACGGUAAUGCUUUCCGGCAAGGUGUAAAGCCAAUAGGUUUUCACAAGGUUCUUGAAGUUUCAGACACAGAUUUCCUUGUUUAAACGACGUCGCCUGUCAUUCUUUAUUCAAUUUGAAGCUUCUUUUUUUUUUUCCUUUUAAUGUUUAACCCAAAGGGUUCUUAUUCUUGGAAUUAUAAAGAAAAAGAAAAAUGCUUCUUCCAUUUGUGGAAAUUGUAGCUUUAUAGUUUUCAUAUCCUUGAGAUGAAACUGACAAUUUUGUUAGGUAUUUACUUGUUAUUUUAGUUUAAAUUUAUAAAAUUACUUGAACAAGCAUUUUAGAUUAUAAAGAAGAAUGUUUGCCUAGAGGAUGCUAUCAAUGCUUACUGCCUGCCCAGCAAGCAAGUGAAGAACAUUCUUUUUUUCUUGUUUUAUUAUUAUUUUAAUAAAGCAUGGUACUUUGAUCAA